UUUCAGUUUUACACUAUGAUCAUCUAUGAUUGAUUUUGUGAGGUCUGGAAAUAGUGUUAACAAAAAGAAUAAAAAGGUAAAAUUUGUUAAGAUCGACAGUAAAGAAAACAAGUUGUAAAAGUGUCGAAUCAGUGAUACCGGACUAUGAUGUCAGUGCUCAUAGAGGAUAACAGGAAAAGCAAAAUUUCAAUUAAAGAAAAUUUAAAAAGAGGAUUUAAAUUUUAAAACAUUAAGACGCAGUUUAGAAAGUAAAAUGAAACUAGAAAAAUAUCAAAAUGAGCAUGGGUGUCAUAGUCAUUGAUUAAACGCGAUCAGAGUCUAAAGGAACAUGUUGAAUAGACCAUCUCUAGCCGACCUUUUCCAUGACCGACACGGAGCUCCAUUUACACCUGGAGACAGGUGGGAGACCAAUUAGAAAGUGCAGAAGAAAAGUCCGUUUAAUUAGCAACAAUUCAGUCACGAAAAACUUAUAAGAACUCAGACGUCAAGGACAGAAGUUGGCCUCUUCUAGUCUACCUGUGGUGUUUGUUUCCGCUCCACUCAUUGUACAUCCGUUUAUCUUUUUUUGUGCUGUUUCUCCUGAUUAUGAACAUUAAAGUGUCACCACCCCAGAGCCCUACCAGCAUUGGACCGGAAUGAAAAGAAAAGGAACUUCUGAAGACAACUCACAGAACUCUGAACCCCAGGAUCUUGAGAAUUUUAUAUGCUAUGACUGAACUACCUCAUUUUUCAUUAUCAAAUUUAGUUGAAACAUAUGGAUAUAAGAAAAAACUUACUUUUCAUUAUUAUUUAUUAAAUGGUAGGCCAAGCUAUGCUUAUGCAAAAUUCAUUGUUAAAGAAAUUGCAAUGGCUGGAACAAUUACUGUUAGAAGAACUUCAGCAGCAUGUAAAGAAGCUUUAUUACUUGCUAUUAGAAAUUAUAGUAUAACAAAAAUUACUUCAGCCUGUAUACUAUUUACUGAAAUGUUGGGCCAUGAUUCAUUAAAACUAAGAACUUAUAUUCAGAUUGCAUUAAUUGUUCAUAAAGCGAGAAAUUCAGAUAAAGACAUUGUGGAUUCUGAAAUAGUAACUCUUUUGGAAAUUUCUCUUGAUAAUAAAAAUGCUGCCCAAGAAUUUUUAUCGAUAUUGGUACCAGCUGUGCAAAGAGAAAUUAAUUUAAUUGGAAGAAACAAAAAUUCUGCUGCUGAAAUAAUGUGGUGGAUUCCAGUUGUAGCAUUUUGUCAAAUUCAUCAACUUGAAUAUGUUACAAUAUAUAUGAAAGAAAGAGCUCAAGCUGGUGAUUGGUUAAAGUUUUUAAUAUUUGCCCAGCUGUUUCAAAUUCCUCCAGUACUGGUUCUGAAGCUAUUAAGUGAAUUUAGUAACAAAUAUCUAGUUGAUCAUCUUUCUGGUGCUUUUCAACAAAGACAUUCACUUUUGGUGUUUGUUGAUAAUGAAAAUGUAUCAUCAUGUGUUCGAAGUAUGAAAAUCAAACAGACAAGUAAAGAAUUUCGAGAAACUUUAUACACUCGUAUUGGAGUUACAAAAGAUGCAAAAGUAGCAAGUUCAGGUUCUGCAACAGAGAUUUCAAGUGAUGAUGACACAAGUUCAUUGUGCAGUGAAGACACAGUUUCAAGUAAUGAUUUGGUAUUACUCUGUGAUGAUUUAUGGGGACAAAUAUUAAUAUGUCAUAAUAGUGAUAGUCCAUGGAGAUCAUUAUUACAAGCAAGCUGUUUACAUUGUAAUCCUAUUUUUGCUGUGAUUGCAGCAUCUUAUGAAGGUGCUUGUAUUAUACAAUGUUUAGCCACAUGGUUAUACAUUUCAAUAGAAGAAUCAGAAUCUAAUGAAGGAUCAUUGGAGAAAACUAUUGAUGAUUUAGAAAAUAUAAUGACCAUUGCAAUAAAAAAAGGAAAAAUCAUAUUACUGCAAAAAGGACUUUUAUUGUUUUUACCAGAUUCACUUUUAUUAUUGCUUAUAAAUUAUUUAGUAACUUUUAUGGUUAAUAAACAAUAUGAAUCAAGCACUGAGUAUUUGAGAGAAUUUCAAAGACAUUUUUGGAACUUUUCAGAUGAAAAAAAUGAAACAAAUAUUUUAAAUGAAGUCAAAUGGAUAGAAAAAAUGAGUGUUAAGCUUUUAACUUCUUCCAUUAUUUCCUGUGAAACUAUAUACGAGAAAAUAUUGAUGUCUGGUCAUUUUUAUUUUGCUAAAAUACAGAACAUGUUUCCUACUGUUGAAAAUGUACCAGACUUCAAUAAAUUAUAUAAACUACUUCAGUAUGUUGGAGAUCUUGAUAUAGAUAUUAAUCUAGAGGAUAUUUUAGAUGAUGAGCAAAGUGAAAAGUAUAAAGAAUCAUGCACUUCUAUUAUAGAGAAAUUGCAACAACAGCAGCAAAAUAAUGAUGCUUAUAUGUUUGCUAAAAUUGCCAAACUACCACUGGAUGAAAUACUUCUAUGUCAGAUCUCAAAUGAGACAAAAAAAAUAAAGAAAUUAUUGGAUUGGAAUGAUCUAAAGAAAAGAAUUCAAUACUGGAAACAAUGUGCUAAUGUUUUUAAAAUUGGAAAUAUUAAGCCUGAAAUACCUGCUUAUUUCUUUAAGGAAGAAUGUGAUUUGGCAGAUUCCUAUGUUGAAAAGUAUAUUUUAAUAAAGUUAGCAACUGAUUGGUUUAUGAAAGCACCAUCACUUUCUGAAGACAUUUUCAAAGUGCUAAAUGAAUGGGAUGUAAAUUUAUGGCUGUAUUGCAUUAAAGGAAUAGUGGAAAUGAAAAAAUUGAAUUUAGAAGAUUUAAUAGUCUCAGAAAUUGAAAGAAAUUGUGAAGACUUUUUUGAUUGUCAUCAGGAAAAUUUAAAUACAUCAUAUUUUCCUCUAAAACUGGAAACUGAUGAGGAAAUACUGAUUUUAGAACAAAUAAUUGGAAAAUUAUUGAAUGCAGGAAAUUUAAAACAAGCUCAAAAACUUAAUAAUCUAUUUUUCCAUAAAAGUAAGGAUGUUAACAUUGUAAAAAUAUGUUUGAACCUUGCGCAGGAAAUUAUUCUUCCAACUAAUCCAGAAGUUGUCUCAUUGAUAUCAGAAAUUGAACAAUCAAUGUAUUUUCCUCAAAAUAAAAUUUUUGGAGAAGGAGAUUUAGCAUCACACAUUUCUUCUCAUCAGAAUGAAGUUAUAAAUACCAUCAGAAAGUUAGGUGCAAUAUCUAAAGAUGCAACAUUAGCUUGUAAAAGAAUAUUAAUAUAUUAUUCUGUUGCAAAGAUUCUUGAUCAAACUUAUGAUGAUAUAAAAAGUCAGUCAAAAUCAUUUUCAUUGAUUAAAACUAUAUUAACCUGUUCAUAUCCUGAAAAAUAUGCCUUAGCAAAAGAUUUAUUAAUUGCAAAUUCAGUAAGCAAUGAUGAGAUCACAGAAUUCCUUAGUGAAGAAGUGAUGUCAUGUUUACAAAUAUAUACAGGAAUUGCAGAAUUUUCAAUACCCCAGAGUAAUAAUGAAUUGAUAUUUAAUCCCAGUAAUACCAAAAGUUUUCAACAAUUACUACAUUUAUGUGAUGAUCCUUCUUUACUGGGAACAAGACUUCUGAAUAUCAUUGACAGAGAAAUGGAAAAGAAAGUGAAUGUCUGGACAAAAUCAAAUCUGAGUUUGGUGGUGGAACUCUAUAUUAGAUCCCAUGAUUGUUUCAGUGCCACUUGUAAUAUGGAAGGAAUUUCAAAAGUACUUCAUAGAGCUAGAAAUUUGGCAAGAAACUUAACAGAUAGUCAAGAAUUUCAAUUAUUGGUACGGCUGUUAACAGGAAUUGGAAGAUAUAGUGAAAUGACUUAUAUUUUUGAUAUUCUUAGAGAAAGCAGACAAUUUGAACUUCUAUUUCGUAAGGGUAUGGAAAAGGUUCCAAAUCUUCGACUUGCCUUAUUAGAUUAUUUAAAACGUUGUCAGACAGUAGAUUCAGAUGUAUAUUCAAUGUUGGCUUUGAACUUCAGCAUGUUUCGAGAGAUUGCAGAGAUACUGGAAAAAUCUGCAAGAGAUUCUGUUAUAAAAAUAAGAAAGAAGAAAACUGGUAAUGCAAAUGUCAAAGAUGAUUUGGUAACUACAAUGCAUGAAUUUGCUGAUGCAGCAGAGAGUUUUUGCAAGGCAGAUUGUUUGUUUCAUGCCGAAGAAUGUAUUUUGCAAGCAAAACUUGUAGCUUUGCAAAUUCAUUUGCUUCCUAGUGGAAUAUGGAUCAUUGGAUUGAUAGAUAAAGAAGUCAGCAAAUUUAUUGAAGAACAUAAUAAAUUUUGUGAGGCCUAUAUAGUAUCUCAGGCAUAUAAAGAUCAUCAUUCAUGGGCUCCAGCUCUAUUUAGGCAAGUUAUAGAAAAAGGAAAUUGGGAAUAUUUUUCAGAAUUUGAGAAAAAUAUUGGUUUGACUUCUAUUUUAAUUGAAGAUAUUGCAAGAAGAUUGCUUUUGUUGAAUCCUAAAUUUGAGAAUCAAAUUAACAAUAUGAAGAAACUGAUAGAGUGCACUGAUCCUGAGACAAAGUAUAAGAUAGCUUCAGAAUUUGAUUUUCAAGACAUAAUCAGUGAUCUCUUAGAAGGUGAUUCAGGUCCUUAUAUUAAGGACUUAAUAAUAAAACAUAGAAAGAAAAAUACUAAUUAAAAAUGUAUAUGUUAUUGUUAUAGGUGCAAUAUAUAAUUAAAGAUUCUUU